AUGUUGACUGCUCUCUACUACUUAUUUCUUUUGUCGACAAGAAUCGGAUCUAAUUCUAACUUUUACACAAAUAGUUAUCUUCAGUACGACUGUAUAUACUAUUCUUAUUCAACGGGGUUUGUACUACCAGCGAAAAUAGAAUAUUGUUUCCGAUCGACGACUGAUGUUGAUCUCAUGCCGAUAGAACAUUUCAUCAAUACUCGCGAUCAAAACUAUACAUUUCACCAACUAUUUCAAAUCAAUGUCACUGCCCAUGACAUUUUCCAUUGGUCGACCUCCAUCGAUCUCGCCGAACAGUAUCAAGACUAUCUCGAUCAUCACAACACAUCUCUUCAAGCCAAUCAACUAUUCUAUAACUGUACACCACCAUGGUUCGGAUCUCGAUGUCAGUAUUCUUUGGAAUCCGANUCACGUUCACGACGUGUUUACACCGUCUAUGAAGUUGAAGAACCUUUAAAAGUCGUUGUUGACGCAGCUCCCGUAGUUAAAUAUCGCGUCACGACAACAACGACAACAACACGCAACGUCGUUCGUUCAUCACCACCAAAAUACAAGAUUGUUCUCUAG